AUGGCAAACACAGCCCCGGUCACACCUGAGACUCCACGCCGUGUAGCUCUGAAUCGAUCGUUCACCGUGCCGUCGAAAAUUGCGACAACAUCUCGGACGGGAGCAACGGCGGAGAUUGGUGCAACGGGCGAUAUUGAGACACUGGCUACCAUCGUCAAGUUCAGCUGCUCGUCGCGCCCCAGCAGCUCUUCCUCACCGCGAGCAGCGCUUUCGUCCGGCUCAGGCUCGCUGUCAUGGACCUCGCCGACAGAACGAACCCUCGCAUCUGGUGGUCUGGAAAUAUACCGCGUGCCAGGCUCGGUGGCAUUCUUGCACUCCGGUAGCCUGCUGCACGCGAUCUUGCCGCGCUCACAGUGCUGGUGUGUAGACAAGGUUAGCAGAUUCGCUCUGCGAGUCUUACCAGAUACCUACUACCGUGUCGACCUGCCAGGUGAGACACCAGAGGAUCUGGAGAAAGUGGAAGAGCUCAAGGUUGUCCUGGCGAAGGUCUUGUUCUAUGAGCGCACCGCUUGUCCGUUCAAUCGAGGGGAAGAAGAGGCUUUACCCACCGCAGAAGAGCUUGAUGUUAGGAAGAAAACGCGCAGACGAAGCCAUGGACCGGCCAAGAAGUGGAGGCUAGAGCGCGGAUUCAGUUGGCGGCCUGAGGAUGGUGAAGAGCCUCUGCAGAUGGACAGCGAUGGCUCGAGGAGAACAAGCGAUGCAAGUUCGGAUGAUGAUACAGACACAGCUGAAGAUCAUGAGAGAUCUGCUGAGGAGGCGAAACGUACUGUACCUUCCACGCCUUCGCGGCCGAGUGGCCUCGCUGGUAUGAGAUCUGUUACUGCACCGUUGCAAGCCGCAUCAACAAUCACUCCCUCGAAGCUGCGGACGAGCGUGUUCCUAGACGAGCUUGACCAGAUCAACAUAGCCCAUACGACUCGCUUGAACCCAGAAAGGCUACGCUCUGUCCAGCAGGUGCCCACGGACAUGCCACCUUCGCCACCUGAUUCGAGCGCAGGGUUAAACGAUACCUCUGAGCCUGCUGAACAUGGAGCGAACGUGUUCGAAGAAGCCAGUGCGGUCGCCGAUGAAUAUACUCACACCGUUGAUCUUGCCAAUAAUGCUUCACCUGUAGCAUUGAUGCAGGGAAAGCGAAUUGACGCGGAGCAGCCAAAAACGGCCGAUAGAGGGCAAGAUUCAGCGCCCGCCAAUAAUCGCCCUGCACGGAACACGGAGCUCGAAAUCUCAUCUGAACAAACCGUAGCGUCCGGAGAGAUUGCAGCGGUAGCUCAGUCACAUGAGAGCAUUUCUGAGCCUUUGAAAGUAAAGCCAUCCGACGAAAGCCACGAGAUAAUGCCCUUGAUUCGACAAAGGAGUGCCGAGGACCCGUACGCUGCGAUACAAGCCCGCAUCCUGGCUCGUCGAUCAAUCGGUGGCACGACAUCGUUCUACCCACGUCAGACAUCACCGCCUCGAUCAUCAACAUCAUCUAACUCCUCCAUCGCCACACUAGCCUCUCGCGCCUCAGUACAACAACAGCAGAACAUCGCAUCAGCACUAGUAAAGAAAGCAUGCGCAGUCUUUCUCGGACCUCCCGCCCAACUAGUCGCCAUCAUGCUUCGCAUUGCAGCACGUUUCACUAGUGGUGCGAUGGGGUUUAGCAGUUACCUCGUCUACGAAAGUCCUGCUGGGACGAAAAGAGUACCUGGAAGCUUCAACCUGGAAAGUCUCGACGCCGAUGAUCUUGCAUAUGGCGAAUACAACGAGCUGGAUGAAUGGGAAGAGGACGACUUCGGUGUGCCACUGCGGAGUCCAGUGAGGCUUGUGGCGCUCGCAAGUGAAGCUGAAAGCGUGCAAGUGAUGUCGCGUAAGGGAUGGGAUGUGGAUUGA